GGAUAAUAAAUGACCUAGGGUUCAACAAUUAUCAAAUUACUAGAAAACAGCAUUAUUAAAAGGUACAUCAGUUCAAGUAAAUUAAGUAAUGAAAGUAGAUCGUUGUAAUGUUCUUCAAAAUUUAAAAAAACAAGUGGUAAAAGAAUAAGAAAAAAUCGAAUUUACUUCAAAUAAUUUCAUUCACCUUGGUCAACCAAUAUUUGUUUUGCUGAAGAUAGAUAGUUCAAAAGAAAACAAUUCCAUAAUACUUGCAUUCUGAAGGGGUAGUAGACAUUACCUUAACCACUUUUAAAGCAAGAGGGUAUUAGAGUAUUCUAGUAUGAAUAAAGUCUGAAUUUACCUAGUAAAACAUGAAUAAUUCUAAAAAGACUGAAAAUAAUGUUGAAAAUGAUACCACCACUUUUGACAAUGCCAUACGAUUAACAGGCUACGGAAAAUUUCACUUUGAACUUGUUGUUCUGUGUGCCGUUUGUAUAUUGUCAGUGGGCUUUCAAAAUGGACUUUCAUCCUACGUAUUUCCUGCUGCAAUGUGUGAACUGGGACUUGGGUCCUCCGAUAUUGGAAAUUUAAAUGUCUCCUUCCUAAUAGGCGGCAUUGUAAGCUCCUUUAUAUGGGGCGUAUUGGCCGAUUUGUCCGGUCGAAAAAAAGUUAUAAUGUGGGCUCAUCUAGUUAAUUUUGCAAUUACCGUGGUCUGUGCUAUAAACCCCUACUACGCAAUGUUAAUGAUAUGCAGAUUUUUAAAUGGAUUUUUAAUCGGUGCACCCGGUAGUAUUAUAUUUUCUUAUUUGGCGGAAUUCCAACCGCCAAAAUUAAGGGGAGCUGUUGUGUGUUACUGUGGACUGUUUUUCACCAUGGCAUGGUUAGUGCUACCAGUGACGGCCUUUAUGGUGCUUCCUUUGUCAGUGAACAUACAAAUGGAUGGAUUAUUUAUUCUAAACUCAUGGAGGAUUUUUUUGAUUAUUUUGGUGAUUCCUGAACUUAUUGUGGGAAUUUGGAUUUUACGAUUACCAGAAAGUCCCAAAUUUCACAUGUCCAAAGGUAAUAACAAGGUAACCUUAGAGAUUUUAAGGCAAAUGUAUGCUAAAAAUACCGGAAAAUCAGAAGACUUAUACCCAGUUAAAAAUUUAAUAAACGAGAAUAAACCCGAGGCUAAUAAUAAAGUUGGAGUAGAUGGAAAAUCGUCUAGGUUGCUAAAAAAAAUUUUAAUUGGAAUUAAAGGACUAUUUCAAGGACCUUUACUACCUAUUACACUAUUGACUUGCGCCAUUAUGUUUUCAAAUAUGUUUGGAGUUUUUGGACUUGGUCUUUGGCUACCAGAAUUUUUUAACAGAUUCCAGAAAUUCCAGGAAAUGUUUCCAAACCGUACAGCAACCAUCAAAGACUUGGCUCUACUUAAACCAAAUAGUGCUGUUUCCUGUUCACCAUCAUUCGACAACUCGGUAAUAAUGAAUACCGUCGCCAUGGCAAUAGUAUCUUUAAUCUACAACGGUGUCUCUGGAUGGCUCACUAGUAAAGUUGACAUGAAAAUAGUACCCCUCGUAUCGAUGUUGCUUGGUGGAUUUAGUUCUUUAAGCAUUUACUGGUUAACUUCGUCAACGCAAAACUUGAUUGUCUCCUGCAUUUUUCAAGCCAGUAUGGUUACUGCCAACAUGACGAUAGGCAGUGUAGUGGUAGAAUUGUUUCCCACGUCAGUUGGCGCCCUUGCUAUAUGUUUAAUUAUGUGUGCAGGAAGAAUAGGAGCUAUGUUAAGCAAUAUGUUUUUCGGUUAUUUUAUGGAUGACCAUUGCGAAAUACCUAUUUUCGUCGUUGCAAUUGUAGUUCUUUUGGGUGGAUUGUUAUGUUUUUUAAUACCAAAAAAGAACGACAAAAACGAUUAUAUUGGAGGAGACUCCAUCGAAAUUUCUGUGAUAGCAAAUGAUAGUAGCUAAUAUUACAUAUUAGUUAUAUACCAAAUUUGUAAUAAAUUUAAAUAUACACAAUAUACACUUAUUUAAGUAUG